CAGAAAAACAGUAAUUAACAGACUUUUAUUGCCCUGUUCAGUAAAUUAAUAUAGCCAACAACAACUGAAGAAAACUGAUAUUAAUUUGAAUUCAGAGCCGUCAAGGUUUACGGCAGGCUGCAGAUAAAAAAUGUUGGGGCCCUUGAGGUCCACCUCACUGCGGAGUUUAGAAGGUCUGGUGCUUUGUGAACUGAAAACCUCGUUUAGUCUGGAGGGGCCGAGCCGAGAACUCUUCUCGGUUCUCAAGAUGUUUAUAAGAGGGUGAAACAGGGAAGUGUAACAGUUCCUACAAACACAGUCAAACGACUCAAUACAGGAAGAGAAACUUACACAAUGGCAUACGAAAAGACACAAAUAUUCUACAUUUCACUCGGGUUUUGGCUCAUUUUAGGUGUUGAAAGCUAUGAUGGUUGGGUAAAUCAUACAGUAACUGUUCAGACCGGAGGAUCUGUCACCAUCCCAUGUCAUUAUGAUGAGAAAUACACACUGAUGAAGAAAUACUGGUACUCAGAGAUUGAUAACUUUAAAACAAACACAAACACAAGAGAGAAGAAUCUGUCAGUAAUUGAUCAUCCUGAUCAGAGUCUCUUCACUGUGACGAUGAGAAACCUGCAGAACAAACACACUGGAAAGUAUUACUGUGUUGUGGAGAAUGGAGAACCACCACCGGCAAAUAUAAUAUACGAGCUUCAUCUUGACAUUCAGUCUGUUCCUGAUGUGUCUGUGGUGAGCAGCAGUGUAUCUGGACGUGAAGCUGGAGAUAUCAGUGUUCAGUGUCUCUACAGUUCUAGAUAUCGUUAUGAAGUCAAACAGUGGUGCAGAUAUAAAGAUGAGAGAUGUUACACAGUGGGGAGGACUCACACAUCCCAGAAUUCAUCAGUCCAGAUCAGUGAUGAUGAUGGGAGAAGAUCCUUCACUGUGCUGAUGACUGGACUGAGACUGACUGAUUCUGGCUGGUACUUCUGCUCUGUGGGAAACAAACUGAAUCCUGUUCAUCUCACUGUAACUGAGGCAGAACCAGACAAAGAGAAAAACACAAAUGACUUAGGACAUCACAAGAACAAUAAUCCAACUAAAGCCGCUGACAAACCACCGCAUCUAAAUGAUGUCCUCCUGAAUGUGUGGCUUCCAGUUUCCGCUGCGCUUCUGCUGUUAUUGAUUCUGCUCUGUGUUUUCAUAUGGAGAUGGAAAGUGAGACAGAGACACAAGCAAGAUAAAAAGCAAAUCGGAGAGAGAAAUGGCAGCAGAACCACCGACACACAUGAAAUGCAGAUCUUCUCUAAACCCGAAGAUCCCGUGAUAUACAGCACUAUAAAUGAUGAAAACCCAAAUGAUCCCAACGAGCUCAUAACCACCUACAGUACUAUUGAUCACGUUCCUGAGAGUGAAGCAAAACCUCCAGCAGCGACAAUAUACAGCUCUGUGGCUCCACACCAACAACAACAAUGAGAAGAACGCAGGAACAGAUCGUCACACAAACUUCUUUUCGCAGAUAUUUCGGUUUAUUUAACAAAUCCCCAAACGCCGAAUGCCCUCGUGCAGUGUACGUCUUCAUUUUUUCAUAUUUUCAUUUACACAGUGGUUGUGAACUGCUUGAAACGUUUCGUCUUCGAAAGGGCUCGUGUGAACUGACGUGAGAGUCAAAAACAGAAAGGAUUCAUCAUUCAUAACUGCGUCUUACUUGCUUAUCCUGAGAAACUGGAAUUCGUUUUAAUUCAUUCGCAAUUUAUGCUCUAGUCUCUCUGUUUCAUUUAGUCACUGUAAAAAUGUAUUUCAUCGUAUUUGUUGAAAAUUUUAGCUUGAGUCUUGGUUUACUUUAAAAACAAUAAAUAUUUAAUAAACAUAUUUAGCUGUAAAAUAGUAAAUAAAGCGCAAGCCUUUGUCGAGUCGUUGCUUAGGCCUUCAUCACUUGUAGUUUAUUUUAGUUGACUGUGCACUUUAUCACUUUUGUCACAGGAACCAACGCAGCCACAAUGCGUUUAAAACUGUGCUUAAAUUUGAAAGUAGUUGUAUAUCUAUUUUUUUUUUCAUGCAUUUCUAAGUGGACUAUGACCUGAAUGUGUGUACUGUUUCAGGUCGAACACACCUCUUGUGUUUGCAUUCCCCCGUUUCUGUUCUCUGUUAAUCAUUUCAUUCAGGUGUGUGUCGUUUAAUUAAGUCGUUACCUCCUCAUUAUAAGUUCAUGUUCAUUCAGUGCAAGUUUGUCGGGUCUCGGCGGCGUGUGGUUGCUGUCUGCCCGAGUUUCAUCUUCUGUAAAUUAUUCAUUGAUAUAUAUCAUCACGACAAUAAGCUUAUUACAGUUUUUCUCGAUUGCUUAAAA